AUGGGCGUCGAAAACCCCAUCCUCCCUGUCAAGGGCAAGAAGAACACCCUCAUCACGAGCGCCCUCCCCUACGUCAACAACGUGCCGCACCUGGGCAACGUCGUGGGCAGCGUCCUCAGCGCCGACGUCUACGCCCGGUUCAGCAGGCUGCGCGACCGCCCGACCAUCUACAUCUGCGGCACCGACGAGUACGGCACCGCCACCGAGACCAAGGCGCUCGAGACGGGCCAGACGCCGCAGCAGCUCUGCGACGAGUUCCACGCCAAGCACAAGGAAGUCUACGACUGGUUCGAGAUUGGCUUCGACUACUUUGGCCGCACCACCACGGAGAAGCAGACCGAGAUCGUCCAGGACAUCUUCCUGAAGCUGCACGAGAAGGGUCUCCUCGAGGAGCGCACCACCACCCAGCCCUACUGCGAGAAGCAUGACGGCUACCUCGCCGACCGAUUUGUCGAGGGUACCUGCCCCAAGUGCGGCUACGACGACGCGAGAGGAGACCAGUGUGACAAGUGCGGUGGCCUGCUCGACCCCUUCGAGCUGAUCAACCCCCGCUGCAAGAUUGACGGGGCCCAGCCGAUCCCCAGGGACACGAAACACAUCUUCCUGCUGCUCAACAAGCUGCAACCUGAUAUCGAGAAGUGGUUCCAGGAUGCGCACAAGAAGUACGGCUGGCCGCAGAACGGCGUCAGCAUCACGCAGUCGUGGCUGACAAAGGGCCUGGAAGGCCGGAGCAUUACCCGCGAUCUGAAAUGGGGCGUGCCUAUUCCCCUGCCCGGGUACGAGAAGAAGGUCAUUUACGUGUGGUUCGAUGCCUGCAUCGGCUAUCCUUCCAUCACGGCCAACUACACGGACGAGUGGGAGCAGUGGUGGAAGAACCCGGACGAGGUGACGCUGUACCAGUUCAUGGGCAAGGACAACGUGCCCUUCCACACCGUCAUUUUCCCCGGCUCCGAGAUUGGCACCGAGUACAACUGGACCAUGCUCAACCACCUGUCGACGGCCGAGUACCUCAACUACGAGAACGGCAAGUUCUCCAAGUCGAGAGGCAUCGGUGUUUUCGGCAACCAGGUCAAGGACAUUGGCCUCUCGCCUUCAGUGUGGAGAUACUACCUGCUGUCGAACCGUCCCGAGACGAGCGACACGCAGUUUGAGUGGCAGGCGUUUGCGCAGGCCAACAACAGCGAGCUGCUGGCCAACUUUGGCAACUUUGUCAACCGCAUCGUCAAGUUCGUCAACGCCAAGUUGGACGGCACUAUCCCCGAGUUCUCGGCGUCCUUCUCGGACGAGACGUUUGACUUUCCUGCCUGGAUCUCGCGCGUCAACGGCCUUCUCAAGGAAUACGUUGACCUCAUGGAGGGCGUCCACCUGCGCGCCGGCGUCAAGAAGCUCAUGGAGAUUAGCACCGAGGGCAACUUGCUGCUCCAGUACCGCCUAGACAACACGAACCUGGCGGAGAACCCUGAGCGGACCCACACCGUCAUCGGCCUGGCGCUCAACCUGUGCCACCUGCUUGCCUCGUUGGCGUCGCCUUACAUGCCCUCGACCUCCGAGGCCAUCUGCAAGCAGCUCAACACGACGCUCGGCCUCAUCCCCGACACCUGGGCCCCCGAGACGCUCAAGGGCGGCCACAAGAUCGGCAAGGCGGCGUACCUCUUCACGAGGAUAGACGACAAGAAGGUGGCGGAGUGGAAGCAGGCGUACGGCGGGUCGGCCGAGUCUCGCGCUGCCGAGGAGGCGGCCAAGAAGAAGAAGCAGGAAGAGAAGGAAAAGAAGAAGGCCAAGAAGGCCCAGAAGGCGGCCGAGGCGGCCAAGGAAAAGGCGGCCGACAUCGUGGACAAGGUCGCCAACAGCGUCAACCACGCCAACAGCGUCGACGCCAAGGCCCAGGACCAGGCGUCGGCGGCGGGCGGCAUGGCGGCGCCGUCGGCGGAGGUGACGAAAGACCUGCCCAUCCGGGGCAAGCAGUAG